ACCAAAUCGCGGCCAUUUUUCUAGGCUUUGGCCGUCUAGAGGUUUUUCUCCUCAGUCUGACCUCCCUUGUUCUCGUCCGGUUCGGUCAGCAGUCGGUUAUACUGAGCACUCCCCGCCUCGCGUGUAUUACAUUUUACGACCGGAGGGAGCUCUCGUGCAAACGCAGUUGUGUCUGUUUGAUUUUUCUAGUAAGGCGAAGACUGGGCCCGGCUAAGUGAACAUGGCGCAUCCUUUGUCUGCAGCGCGGGGCCGAGGUGGCGGAGGACGACCGGCAUUACGUGACGCACCCGUUCAUGAUUAUGGAAACGAAAGAUAUGCACAAACAGAAAUGGAAACGUAUGAGGACCCAUCGUAUACAAGGGAUAUGGCCUCUGACAGCAGACCAUAUGAGUCUUAUGACUCCAGGUCUUCUCUGGGUGGGCGAGAUCUGUACAGAUCUGGCUAUGGUAAUAGUGACCCCAGAGAAAGCAACUUCGGAGAUAGUAAUGAUGGUCGAUAUGACAACUCCUGGAUUAGCCAUGACUCUUAUGAAGGUAGAAACCAGGGCGGGUCUAGCUGGGAGCAACCUUACACACGUGAAAGAUUGACUGACUAUAUGGAUGAUGGAAGAGGCGAUUACUCUUCCUACGGCAGAUUUUCUUCACCCUUUAAUAAGCCUGCAGCUGUAGGCUCUCGAGGGAGAGGAAUGCCUGCGUUUGGCGGCAGAAGCUUUGCUGCUUUUGGAGGACCAUCACCAGGCAGAGGUCGUGGCAGAGGAAGAAGGGGUGGCGGUUCUGCUAAAGCUGGAUUUGCACGGGGAGCGAAGAGGAAGAUGGUGCAACCUGGUAAAUCUGGGACACCAGCUAAAAAGAAACAAAAGCUUCCGAAUUCUGGGACAAAUCAAAAUGAAAACAAUGGCGCUCAACCAGUGAAAGAUGAAGCAGAAGAACAGCGCAGAGCAGAAGCAAGAAAAGAGCAGCAGAAACGUAGACGAGAAAAGUACAUUGAGAAAUAUGGAGAUGGUUAUUGGAUGGCUUUCACUUGCUCAUUUUGUAAGUUCCGCUCUUUUGACGAGAAAGGUAUUGAAGAACAUUUGGAGAGUGCUGCUCACAAGGAAAUUUUGGAGCAUAUUCAGAAGCAAACUAAGUUUGACAAAGCUGUAAUAGACUUUCUACAUGAGAGCAUUGUAAAUAAGUACAAGAAAACUGCAAUGAGAAAGGCACAAACUUCUCAGGUGGAGACAUCAAAACAAAUGGAAAAAGCAACAAUGGAAGGUGUUACUCUUGAAGAUCACAUGAUGAAGGUAGAGACUGUGCAUUGCAGUGCCUGUAACGCAUACAUUCCUGCUCUAAACGUUUCUGUGCAGAUUCAUCUGAAAUCUCCUGAACAUAUAAAGAGUAAAGUGACCUACAAGGAUCAAAUAAAGAGAGAGAGUAUCUUGACUGCAACCAGCAUCCUGAACAACCCAGUUGUAAAAGGACGAUAUGAACGCUAUUUAAAGGGUGAGAAUCCAUUUGAAACUCAAGAAGUGGAAGCUUCUGAGACAGAAGCUCAAACAGCUCCAUCAGUUGAAGUUGAUAAAGAAGAAGAUUUUACUUCUGAUAUAAUCGUCGCUGAAACUACUGAAUAACUGAUGGGUUAAAGAUUGUUAUGUAAAUCCUAUUUUAAAUGUUGUAUCCUAUUUUUUAGGUCUGGUCUUGUGGAAGUCAAAUUAUUUUUUAUUACUUUGGCUGUGUUUUGGUAUAAAUACUGCAAUUAAAUUUUUUUUUUCCCAACCUCAUCAAAUCCUUUCUGUAGUUUAAAAAAAUAAUAAAAUCUCUAAUUUGUUAUUGGUGUUAAAGAGAUCUAUAUCUAUUUCUUAGACCCUGUGACCAAAACACUGGCAGUAAACGGUUUAUUUGCUUCAUCUGUCAUACUUGUUCAGAGAUGACAAUAAACAUAAUUUCAUUA